UCAUCGUCAUCUUCUUCUUCUUCUUCUUCUUCUUCUUCCGGGCAUGCGCAAUGAUGCUAGCGAAAGCUCCUUCCCCUCCAGUCAGCCUCAACUCCACACCCUUCAGCUCCAGCUCCAGCUCCAGCUCCGUCGCGUACCCUUUUUCCUUCCGCCCCCGUCUCCUCCCCUCCCGGGCCCUCGGUGCUCGCCGCCUCCCCGGCGGCAGGGCCCGCCACGUCGCCGUCCGGUCGGGGGGCUACACGAGGACGCCCUUGGGGACGCCGGGGGCCUACCAGCUGACCGAUGACGAGACGGGCGAGCGGUUCAUCGUCUGGGGCGGCAGCGACGACCCGGCCGACGCCCCGGUUCCGCCCGAAGACGUCCUCCGGUGGAAGCCCCCGAGGAAGAGCGGCGGCGGCGGCGGCGGCGGCGGCAGCGGGAGCCGCGGCCGUGGCGGCUCUAGCGGAGGCAAUCAUCACGGGUCAACCCUGCCAAAAGAUGAUUCUCCUACAGCAAGUGUGAGUGGUUUAGGCAGAAGUUUUGGACGAUUGAAAUCGCAGAGAGUCAAAGCUCUUGCUGAAAAAUCUUCGAAGCUAAAGCAAGCCAGUCACAAAGAUUAUGAAUCAGCAGCGGAAAAUGUACCUUUUGAUGUGCCUGAUCUCUCUAAUUCUAAAUUGGACCAACUGGGGAAAAAGAAGAAAGCAGCUAUCCUUGGACUUGGAGGAAAGGAUUCAGGUGCUUACCAAUCCAAAGCUGCCAAUGACACGGCAGCGAGGACUGACACUGAAGAUGUGGAUCAUUUAGUGCGCCGAAUGGAACCUGAUAAACAUGGCAUAUCUGCCACCAGAGUAGUUGGAACUGAGCAUUCAGUUCGUAGUUCUAAUGCAGAUUUCAGAGGAUGGGGCAGGGGGGUUUCCCUGGAUGACUAUAGAUCCGAGUCAAAAGAUCUAUACUUGCAUAGGAAAGUUUCCUCCAAUAGCGACUUCCAUAGUCGAAAGUCCUUUGAAGAUUUGGGUUGUAGUGACUUUAUGAUUGAAUCUUUGAGGAAGCAGCGUUUUCUGCGCCCCUCACAUAUUCAGGCAAUGGCAUUCAAACCUGUUAUUGAGGGAAAGACUUGUAUUAUAGCUGAUCAGAGUGGUUCGGGAAAAACGCUGGCUUAUCUUGCACCAGUAGUCCAACGUCUCAGGCAAGAAGAGCUGCAAGGACUUAGCAAAUCCUUCUCACAAAGCCCUCGAGUUGUCAUUUUGGUUCCAACUGCUGAGUUAGCUUCACAGGUUUUGAGUAACUGCCGAUCCAUAUCAAAGUUUGGGGCUCCAUUCCGGUCUAUGGUUGCCACGGGUGGUUUCAGGCAGAAAACUCAGCUGGAAAAUAUAGAAGAAGGUGUUGAUGUCCUAAUAGCCACUCCUGGUCGCUUCAUUUUUCUCGUUAAAGAAGGCUUCUUGGAGUUGAAGGAUCUUAGAUGCGUGAUUUUGGAUGAGGUGCAUAUUCUCUGCAAUGAUGAGGAGUUUGAAGCAGCUUUUCAAAGCAUAAUCAAUUCUUCACCUGUCACCACACAGUAUCUGUUUGUGACAGCCACAUUGCCAGUAGAUAUAUAUUACAAAAUAGUUGAAAUUCUCCCCGACUGUGAAGUGAUCAUGGGACCUGGCAUUCAUCGGACAAGCCCUCACCUCGAAGAGUUUCUCAUAGAUUGUAGUGGAGAGGAAGACAGCGAAAAGACUUCAGAUACUGCAUUCCUGAAUAAGAAGUCUGCUCUUAUUCAGCUUGCGGAAGAAAGCCCAGUAACCAAAACGAUUGUUUUCUGCAACAAGAUCGAGACAUGUCGAAAAGUUGAAAAUGCAUUGAAACGCGUUGACAGAAAAGGUGCUCGUACAAGAGUUCUACCUUUUCAUGCUGCUGUUUCACAAGAGUCGCGACAGGCAAAUAUGAAAGAGUUUGCUGCUUCUCCAUCUAAAGAUGUCUCCUUGUUUUUGGUUUGCACCGACAGGGCGUCACGAGGAAUCGACUUUACCGGAGUGGAUCAUGUUAUUCUCUUUGACUUCCCGCGCGAUCCGAGCGAAUAUGUACGCCGUGUUGGAAGAACAGCGAGAGGUGCUAAAGGGAAAGGCAAAGCGUUUGUCUUUGCAGUUGGGAAGCAAGUUUCCCUGGCAAGAAGGAUAAUGGAGAGAAACCGGAGAGGCCAUCCCUUGCACGAUGUGCCGUCUGCUUAUGAGUCGAUGAGGUGAGACGUACGUGCACUAAGUGGGAUCAAAUUCAUGCCUGUAGUGACGGGAGUAGAUCCCAUCAGUCCAUUCUUUUCUCCUGCAUUUUAUGGACGAGCGGCGCGCGGCAAGAAGUGAAGACGUAAAAUGUGUGUCGUUUGAUGAGAUUUUGGUUCUUCCAUUUUGCAUCUACAUGUAAAGGGGGAUCACAGAAGAGUGUAUGCAAUGAAGAGCUUGAUAUCAAGGUUACAAACCAA